AUGGCAUCUACCCUCUUCCUGUGCCAGCUCUGUAACAAGCCUCUGAAACUCUCACAGACGCUCUGUGCACUGCAGGAGGAGCACUUGGAAGCCCAGCAUUGUGCCAGCCCCUCCACAAAGAUGACAGUUUCUGAGGAGGAGCUACGGGCCAGGACUUACAGCACACCCCUUCCUGGCCAUGGCAGGACAUUGCAGGAACGAGCCUGCUGCACCUUCACUCUGCUUGGUGGGUCUGUCGCCCUGAGAACUUUGGACAGUAUCCAAAAUACUACCCUAGAGAUCUCUGAAAUCGUCUCUGGCCAGAAGGUCGUGGAGCACCCGCUUUGUGUGGACUGCGUGGACAAUCUUCUGACGCAACUAGAUGCCCAGAUCACUCUAGUUGAAUCUGACACCCAGAAGUAUAGGAGUUUCCUGGAGAGAGAAUCGCUGGUGAGUAAGAAGGAGAGGGAGGCCAUGCACCUGGAGCUCUGUGCGGAACUUCGGAGUCUGGAGCAGGAAGAAGCAAGGCUGGCUCAGGAGCUGAAGGACAUAGACCACCAUCAUGCGAGAAUAGCCGCCGAACUCAGAGCAGCCCAGGCGGAGAGCAAGGAGCUGAAUCAACAGAAUGAGCAGGUCUUAAUGGAGUACUCUGCCUUGAAAAUGGAACAGCUGGAGCUGACGGACCAGCUGAGCAGUGUGGAGAACCGACUGGAGUAUGCCCAGAGGCAGCUGCGGCGCCUAAGAAAGACCAGUAUUUUCAACAUCACCUUUACAAUCUUGGAUGAGGGUCCCUUGGGCAUUAUCAACAACUUCAGGCUGGGCUGCCUCCCUGGCAUCCAGGUGGGAUGGGAUGAGAUCAACGCCGCUUGGGGACAGACAGCCUUACUGCUCUUCACCUUGGCUAAGACAGUCGGACUGCAGUUCCAGAGGUACCAACUAGUUCCCCGUGGGGGCCAUUCCUACCUCAGAUCCUUGGCUGGUGAUGGGGAGCUGCUGUUGUUCUCGGAUGGGAGCCACAGCGUCUUCUUGAAUAACAAGUUUGACCGUGGGGUGAAGGCCUUCCUGGACUGCCUGCAGCAGUUUGUGGAUGAGGUUGAGAAGAAGGGAUGUCCCUUCCUGCCCUACAGGAUCCAUGUGAAUGAAGGUAUGAUGGAGGAUGCCAGGGGCAGUGGGGAGUGCUACUCCAUCAGGACCCAUCUGAACACAGAGGAGGAGUGGGCAAAGGCUCUUAAAUUCAUGCUUACCAACUUAAAGUUGAUUCUUGCUUGGGCUUCGUUAAGGUAUCGUUGUAGGAAGGAACCAAACUGA